AUGAUCGGAGGUAGCAACUAUGAAGAAAAAAACUGUAUUGAUUGGCGAGAAAAUAGAAAGAUUGAUAAUUUUAAGCCAAAGACUUCACUAGAACAACUUCAAAGAGAAGACCUCGCUGAACCAAGAAGGGAAAUAGGUGAACAAGGUCGAGAAAACAACGUUCUUAAUGCUGCAGAGAGUGGUCAAUCACAAGUGACUGCCGCGGUACAAGUAAGUAAAGUGAGUACAUCAGAACCAACAGAUCAACCAACUAACAAUUCUGAGUCGAGUGAUCCCCCGCAAGACGGUGCUACUACACUGGCUACUCCGAUUUCAAAAACAGGACAAAGUACAACUACACAACCAGACCAAUCUCAAGGUUCAAGUAAAGCACCACAAGCACACCAAGGAUCAGCGAAUACUACAGAGGAUCACCGUGCACCUGCUGACUCUAAUACUACCCAGGAACCAUCUCCUGAAGGUGCGACUUCCACAGAUGGUUCACAAGAGAAAACCAAUACUGACUCAACGGCCAACAUAAACACUACCACCACAACAACAACAACAUUUCCUCCUGCCAACGCAGUCUCUGAAGGAAAUGGCGAUGCUUCUGCAGCCACCACCAACAACAUUAACAGCGAAGCACCAACCAACUCUUCAUCUCCAUCUCCUGUACCUAACGCAGAGAUCAGCACCAACACCACCGCUCCCACUAUGCAGAACAAGGGUAACGCUGACAGCAGUGUCAGUCAUGUGUGGAUGCGCACUGCAGCACCGCUGUUGAUUGUGGCUGUGUUGUUCUCCUCUACUGUGUACUGA